AAAGCAAAGCGCGCGGCAGACGGUCUUCGCGCGUCGAGCUAUCUGGUUGGCACUCACGUCGAGUCGGGCACUUAUAUUCGAAUUGACGUCGCACGUCUCUCGUUCUUACCUCAUUUUAUCCUCGUGCUUCAUAUUAAUCAUAUUUGCGUCAGUUUCGUUGCUAAGUUUUGUGCUCCGUCCGGUUAGAACGCGCUGUUUGAAUUAUCGGGCAGUUCGUUUUUCAAUAAGGAAGUUAGACAGUGCUUUUUUUUGUGAUGUGCAUGGAAUCAACGAGCAACUUCAAGAUGACGCUUGCCUGGGUCUGCCUCAUCGGCCUGUUGUGUUCGACGGCAGUUAAAGCAGCAUCGAAAUCGAACCUAGUCGUGGACAUCGAGCCAAAACGACCGACGGCCGUCCGAUUGGGCGAGAGCCUGCAAAUUUUGUGCAGAGUGGGUAGACCGCUUCGGGUGUGCCGCGUCGAGAUACCUGGCGAGGAAGGUGGUAUAGUGUUGUCGAAGGGACAACCGCCCGAAGACGGUAUCGAGUAUUACGGAGAAGGAACAGAGGCGGGCCAAUGCGGGGUUCGCAUAGCCAAGAUCAAGGAAAGCCACGAUGGAACAUUCAAAUGCACCCUGACCACGACCGACAGCCGAACGGAGGAGCAGGCGUCCAUGAGGAUCAUCGUGGCCAAACCGCCGAAUAAUCCAGAGCUUCACACUAGUCAAGGAUCGGAUGGAAGAAAUAUAUAUAGGAAGGGAGAAAAAUUGGAAGUGAGUUGCAGCGCGCCAGGCGGGCGUCCAGCGGCCAACGUUUCUUUGUUCCUCGACGACGAGCCAAUCGGCAACGAGGAAAGGCCAACGAUUUACGACUCGAACGUGGACGAUAAUUCAUUGGCCGUGCAAAAUGCAUCGCGCGCCUUGGACUGGACCGACAACGGGAAAGUUCUUCGAUGCGUCGCCGGUCACAUCGCCCUCGAUCGGCCUAAAGAAACCACCAUGCAACUGCAAGUCUACUAUCCUCCUCAACCUCAGUCAACGAUCGAACGAUUUGGAUACGUAAUUGGACGGCAGGGAAUCGUGAACGUGACCGUUUACGCAAAUCCUAGGCCGCGUUUUUUAUGGCGUGUGAACAAUGAGAUGAUCAACGAGGGACGUCCAGAUGAAAGCAAUCGACUCGAAACUUCGACCGCUGUGGAUCUGGGAAGAGGAGCGUGGAGCGUAAUCCUGACGAUCGACAGUGUGCAAAAAUCCGACACGGAGAAGGAAUAUAUCCUGGAAGCCCGCAACGGCGAAGGAGCUUACGAAUAUCGUAUCAUUUUGUCGACAGCCACAGAACCUGCAGGGCCGUUCGGUCACUUCUAUGGUAAGCUCUCCGAACACAUGCACGCACUAGGCGUCGAUUUAGAUGCUGGUUCUAUCAUCGGAAUCGUGGUCGGUGCCCUGGUGCUACUUCUCAUCGUUUUCAUACUAAUUUUUGCCCGUGCGACCGGACGCUGGUGCUUCGCAGGUAACACGACGUCUAGGAAUCUUGGCGAGUCGAAAUCGCGCAGAAUCAAAGACUUUGCGGAUCCGGCAGCGAGCGUUAAUCUACUUCGUUUUGAGAAAUCGAUAAGCCAAGACGAAACGCAAAGAAGUGAUACGGAAAGUGCCGGCCGCUAUUCCAGAACAGAAGUGGAUGGAUCUCGAGAAGAACGGAAAUCGAGAAUCAGUCUGUCUAACCUAUUUAAACGCAAUAAGGAUAAAGUGUCUGGCGCUGACACCGAUACCAUGAGAACUGUCGUUACAGUGGAUGAUGAGAAGCAUCAAGCAGCAUCAAUUGCCCAAGAUGUUGCUAAACCAACCACGGACGAAGGAGGAAUAGUUUAUGCCGAAUUGGACUUGACGCAACAGCAACAGAAUGUUCCAAUUCGGCAUCUGAACGAGGACAAAACGGAAUACGCCGAGAUCUUAUACACGAAAACAUCGACGGAGGAACAACAGACACCCAAGGAGUAAAAUUCGUUCGAGAGAGAGAGAGAGAGAGAGAGAGAAAAAAUUUUGCGAAACAAUCACAAAUUUUUAUCUUUUUUUUUUCUUCUUCUAAUUUUUCGUGAUUAACACACAUUUGUUACGUUCUUUCGAUCCUUUUCAGUAUACGAUAAUCGUCCUUUAUCGUAUAUUUAGAUUUUCUACGUUUUUUAACUUAUUCUUAAUAUGAAAUGUGAGUGUACGGUGCGAAU